AAAACAAACUUGUUGGUUCCAAUUAUAUUGACUGGAAAAGGAACUUCGAUAUUGUGUUAACUGCUGAAGGGUACAAAUUUUCUACUGUUGAGGCUUGUCCGGCUGUGCCUGCUGACAAUGCACCAGACCAAGAGAAAGAGGAGUAUGCUUGGUGGAAAAAGGCUGACGAGAUGGCGAAGUGUUACAUCUUGGCAUCUUUGUCAAAUGUACUUCAACAUCAACAUCAGUCUAUGAACACUGCAGCAGAGAUGCUUCUCAAUCUCAAGGAGUUAUUUGGUUAUCAGUCGCGGGUUGUCCGACAAGAUGCCAUGAGGGUUCUGAUGGACAUGACCAUGCGCGAGGGCACUCCCGUAAGGGAACAUGUUAUUGCUAUGAUGGCCCAGCUGAAUGAGUUGGAGGUUCUUGGGGCUUUUAUUGACAGGGAAACCCAGGUCGAUAUAGUGCUCCAGUCUUUGCUGAAGAGCUUCGAGCAAUUCCGGUUGAAUUACAACAUGAAUAAGACGUUGAUGACUCUUCCGGAACUUGUCUUUGAACUUCAGUCGGCAGAGGGCCUGUUUUAUCGGAAGACCCAAGCUAUGGUGGCCCAGUGGGGAGAAGCUUCCACUUCUAAGGCUCCUAAGGGCAAGAAGAGGAAGAA